UCCUGUGGGGGGUUCUCGGGCCUCGGAGUCGCCCGGCAGGCCUGGGCCGGCGAGACUGGACGCCGGUGCCCGGUCCCUGACGUCGCUGGGUCUCCACGUGUCUUUCAGCAAAAUGAUGCUUCAACACCCGGGCCAGGUCUCCGCCUCGGAAGUCAGCGCCUGCGCCGUGGUCCCCUGCCUGUCCCCGCCUGGCUCGCUGGUGUUUGAGGACUUCGCUAACCUGACGCCGUUCGUCAAGGAAGAGCUGAGAUUCGCCAUCCAGAACAAACACCUGUGCGGGCACAUGUCGGCGCUGGAGUCGGCCCCGGCCGGCCGCAGGCCCCUCGAGAUGUCAGUGACCAAGGCUGAGGUAGCCCCCGAGGAGGACGAGAGGAAGAAGAGGAGGCGGGAAAGAAAUAAGAUUGCAGCCGCCAAGUGUCGCAACAAGAAGAAGGAGAAGACGGAGUGCCUGCAGAAGGAGUCGGAGAAGCUGGAGAGCGUGAAUGCCGAGCUGAAGGCCCAGAUCGAGGAGCUCAAGAAUGAGAAACAGCACUUGAUCUACAUGCUGAACCUCCACCGGCCCACGUGCAUCGUACGGGCACAGAACGGGCGGACCCCCGAGGACGAGCGGAACCUUUUUAUCCAACAGAUAAAAGAAGGGGCGUUGCAGAGCUAAGCCGCGGGGUGCGGGGGCCAGUGGGGAGUCCUUCUGGAACGCUCCUUUUCAGCCCACCAUCCUGAAGCCACCGGAGACCCGACUUCCUGUGCGCCUCUCCAAUCCCAGCAGCAAAGGCCUGUCGGGAGGGGCCCUUGGGAAUCGGGGGCCCUCCGCUGUGCCCCGGAGUGGACUUGCGCCCAGGCCAGGGUCCCUCUGUCCGCCACGCCUGGAUGUAGACAGCGGCCACCCUUGGACCCUCCAGUGGGCCCUUGGUAGGGUCCUGCCCGCUUCUCAUCCGGAUUCUACCGAAAGCAGCCCCCCGACCCGGGCUCACGCAGAAGGGUCUGUGCCGCGGGUGGGCGGGGUGAGACGGCCUCCGAAGCACUGCCGCGGUCACGGGCAAGGUCGAGGACUGAGAGCCGCCCCGGGAGGACUGAGAGCUGCCCCGGGGAGGCCGCGGCGGCCAGGCGCCGUGCACGGGGGUGAAUUCACGCAGGACGGCGCCCCCAGCGCCCUCUGCCCCGCGCUCAUCCGUCCUGCACACCUGGUGUGGCUGCUGCUUCUCCCUGACCUCCGCAGAUCUGGUCUCUGAGCGGACGCUCGAGACGCUCCCCACCGGGGCGCAGCGUCUGACCAUGCACAGGGGGCCAGAGGAGCUGGCCAGCCCCGGGGUCCUGCAGGGAAGGCCGCCGUUCCCUCGGCCGUUCCCUCGGCCGCCCAGACACCAGCCCCGCUCACAGGGGGCCGGGUGCGGGUGGGCAGAGAUCCCUGAGACAGCAGGUGCAGCUGCCAGGCUUGGAGUCUCCUCCAUGGCCAGGUCAGGCUCCUUCCGGGCUGGGAGAGCCAAAGUCCCCCACCUUCGAUUCCUUGCCGCGCAGAGCCAUCUGCGAGGGUUCUGCAGGCCCCGGAGACGCCCCGGCUCUGGCAUUAUUGAUCGGAUGUGAACGGCAUUGUCUCAGUGACGCAUUGGGUGGCCGCCAGCCCGGAGGUCACUCGCACUGGCCGCUGGACUCUGGCUAGCGUGCCUGUGACAUCCUCUCCGUUAGUCUGGCUGCAGUUUUCUGUACGUGAACAUAUGCCUUAUUUAUCUCCGUCCUCCCAACCCGUCGAGACAAUAAAUAGCAGAUCAGCAUGGUU